AUGGAGGGAACUUCAUCCGCAUCUUCAUCUUCGACUUUUCCCUCUACUGCUGAAGAUCAUGUUUUGGUUGACGAUUUGUACUUUUCAGCACUCCACGAUGCUGAAGAGAUAUUUCCAAUCUCGGAUGACAAAUAUGCUGAAGAGCUACAACUACAAGAAGUCCUCUAUUCCUCAACAUUGUCAAGUGCUAGAGUAGAAAACGAAGUUGUUCAAGUGGAUAUAGAUGACGACGACGACGACGACAUCCCUUUGAGAAUCCUCAAGGGGAAAAAUAAAGUGACCAGUGAAUCUUCUCAUGCCUACUGUGGUAUUUGUAUGGAUGCUAAACCUGGAGAAGAAAUGUUCAGGAACCAAAACUGUUUCCACUUUUUUUGCGACGAUUGCGUUGGAAGAUAUGUAGCUGCAAAGAUUCAGGAAAAUAUAACAAUGGUGAAAUGUCCUGAACCAAAAUGCAAAGGGGUUCUGGAGCCACAGAACUGUCGUUCGAUUAUCCCCAAAGAAGUGUUUGACAGAUGGGAAAAUGCUCUUUGUGAGAAUGUGGUGCUUGGAACACAAAAGUUUUACUGUCCUUUUAAAGAUUGCUCUACUAUGUUGAUUGAUGAUGGAGAUGAAAUUAUAACCGUUUCUGAAUGUCCACAUUGUAGCAGACUGUUUUGUGCACAGUGCAAGGUUUCAUGGCAUUCAGGAUUGGAUUGCAGUGAGUUUCAGAGUUUGAAGAAGGAUGAGAGAGGGAAGGAAGAUCUGCAGGUAGUGGAACUUGCUAAGAACAAAAGUUGGAGAAGAUGUCCAAAAUGCAAUUUUUACGUAGAAAAAAUUGAUGGAUGUACUCACAUUUCUUGCAGGGCAAACAAUGGAAGAACAGCAAACACAAGGAGGGGGAAGAUUGAAAUCAAAGAAGUUGAACAGAGAAACAGGCAAUGCGUCACUUUUUCCAAACGCAAACUAGGGCUUUGCAACAAACUCACUGAACUCUCUCUUCUAUGCAACGCAGAAACCGCUUUGAUCAUCACCUCCCAAAACGGCAACGUCUAUUCGUGCGGCUACCCCAACGCUGACGCCGUCCUCCGCCGGUACAUCACCGGAGGGCCACCGCAGCUGUGCAGCGGUGCAAACGACAAGGAGAAGGAGGAGUUUCUUGAAAAGCAAAGGCUGGAAUAUGAGAGCGUUCAGGAAAAGUUGAAAGAAAAGCAGAAGCAGUUGAAAGAGACGAAAGAGACUCAAAAGAAUAGUUUUUGCUUUCCUCCUUGGUGGAAUCUCCCCUCUGAGGAUAUGGGUUUGGAGGAUCUUGAACAGUUUAAGACCUCCUUGGAAAGUUUGAAGUUUAACCUCAUCGAAGCGUUGCAAGAGAAGAAGUUACAGAAGAACUUACCUUCACUUCCACCAAUACCAUAUGCUAUGGUUCCAUCGCCACAGUUCCCAAACAUGUCGAACUUGACUCAACUCUGCAGUGGAAAUCAAGUUGAAAAUGAUGGGAACAGUAAUGUUGCAAAAAAAACUGGUACAACUAAAAAGUUUUGUGCACAUUGUUUUGGGAACACAAGACCACAUGUUAUGGUGCACAAUGGUUGGUGUGUAAAUGGGGGUAGAGGGUAA